AUGGAGAAUAUUAAAAAGGGUGGUAAUAUCUCUCUCAUGAAUUUGCCUGAAUCCACUUUGGAAUGCAUUCUCAAACGACUUUCACCAAUGGAACUCAUCAAAAUGUGUGAAGUGUGUACUUGUUUAAGGGAUAGAUGUAGAAGUGAUCAUUUGUGGGAUAACCACGUAAAGCAGAAAUGGGGUAGAGUCAUUGGUGAUGCUGCUUACAAAGAGUGGCAAUGGCAUAUAACAACAGCAAAGGAGGAAGGAAAUCACUUGAAUCAACAUAUCAAACAGAAAGGAUCACUGGGGUCUUUCGCUGGUGCUUGGCCUAUGCUUUAUCUUGGGUCAUAUUUAGAAGAUUGUAACCAUCUUAGAAGAUUGUCAAAUAACUUUAUGAUGACUUUGUAUUUCUCUCUAGAGAGUGGCAAGUUCUGGUUUUCAGCUCAAGUCUACAAGGGAUUAGUCGUUAGCGACGCCUUAGUUCGCUAUGAUUCCAAAACUGAUACCUUUCAAGCAAGGCAACAAAGUGGUGGUUGGAGGUUGAUAGGGAGCAAUAUCCAAUGGGAUAAGCUGAGAUCUCACCCAAUUAACACCCUUCCAUGUAUUCGUCACGUCUCUGAUUGUUCUGAAGAUUUAAAGCCAGGGGAUCAUAUUGAGAUCCAAUGGAAAGGCAGCAUUGAGCUUCCCUAUGAUUGGUGGUAUGCUGUUAUUGGUCACUUUGACUCAUGUAAUGAGAAUGAGAAUUACUGUGGCUGCCAUAAUUCUGAGACGUUGAUUGUGGAGUUCAAACAAUACUCUCAAGGGUCAAGCAUGAGAGGAAUAAAGCUACUCAGAAACGGGGAACAAUAUGAAGAACCAGCCGGAUACUAUGGAGGAAUUAGAAAGCUUCACAAUGAGGAGGAGAUCGAAAGAUGGAAGAAGCUCUUACCACUUCAUCUUAUUCCUGACUAUAGAUAG